AAAAGGGUUGCGGCCUUCGUCGGGUUCUCUUCUUUCUCAAAGAUCCUCCUUGUUGAAACGAGCAACAAGGAGGCCAUGACAGCCCUUCUUCACUCCAUCUCCGCCCACCCGAGCUCCAAACCCCCGGACGCCACCGUCACCAGAUGUAAGCCACGCUUCCUCUCCCAUCUCCCAAACCUCCCUUCUCUCUCCCUCAACAAUGGCUUCUCCAGGGUCUUGGCCUCGCCCCCCGUCGCCCUCCCCCCUAAGGACGCCGCCUCCUUGUCCCACCCCAGCUGGAGGAACGGCAAGAACGAAUCGAGAAUCAAGGAGGUCCGGCUCCACGACGCCUUCCUUCACCUGGAGCACAUGGUGGGGAAGGGGCACAGGCCCGACGCCGCCCAGGCCACUCAACUCGUCUACGAUCUCUGUAAGUCCAACAAGAUCCGGAAGGCCAUUCGCGUCAUGGAGCUGAUGGCCAGCUCUGGAACCACCCCCGAACCCUCCACCUACACCUUCCUCGUGAAUCAGCUGUGCAAGAGGGGCAACGUCGGGUACGCGAUGCAGUUGGUUGAUAAAAUGGAGGAGCAUGGGUGCCCCCCCACCACCAUCGUCUACAAUUCCCUGGUCAGGGGCCUCUGCAUCCACGGCAAUCUGCAGCAGAGCUUGCAGCUUUUGGAGAGACUGAUGCACAAGGGGCUCAUCCCCAAUGUGUUCACUUACUCUUUCUUGCUCGAAGCAGCCUACAAAGAGAGAGGGGCGGAUGAGGCGGUGAGGCUACUGGAUGAGAUCAUCGCCAAAGGCGGGAGGCCUAAUCUCGUCAGUUACAAUGUUCUUCUUACUGGAUUCUGCAAGGAAGGUCGGUUGGAGGACGCAAUGCAGUUCUUCAGGGGGUUGCCAUCCAAGGGUUUUCGACCAAAUGUCGUCAGCUACAAUAUUCUUUUAAGGAGUCUGUGUUACCAAGGGCGGUGGGAGGAGGCAGAGGAGCUCUUGGCUGAGAUGGGCGAGAAGAAUUGCGACCCUAGCAUCAUAACAUACAAUAUCUUGAUCGGUUCACUCGCUUAUCAUGGUCGGACGGAACAAGCAGUUGACAUCUUGGAGGAGAUGGCAAGGAAUGGGUUUAAGCCCGUAGCCGCGAGCUAUAACCCCAUAAUUGCUCGGUUCUGCAAGGAGGGAAAACUGGACAUGGUUCUCGAAUGCCUGGACAUGAUGCAUAGGCAUUGUACUCCUAAUGAAGGCACUUACAAUGCAAUCGCGGUGCUCUGUGAAGAAGGGAAGGUGGAAGAUGCAUUCUCCAUAUUGCAAAGCUUGGGCAAUAAGCAGAAUGCUUCCAUGAAUGACUUCUACCGAAAUGUGAUAUCAUUCUUGUGUAAGAAAGGGAACACCUUUGCUGCUUUCCAGUUACUGCAUGAGACGACAAAACAUGGAUUUACUCCUGAUUCAUACACCAAUUCCUCCUUGAUCAGAGGUCUUUGCAUCGAGGGCAUGCUGGAUGAAGCCAUUGAGCUCUUCAAAGUGAUGGAGGAAAAUGGUAAUAAGCCUGAUAUAGACAACUACAACUCACUUAUUCUUGGAUUGUGCAAGGCUCAGCGGACAGACCUGUCAUUUGAUAUAUAUGAAUCAAUGAUCGAGAAAGGUUAUGUGCCUAAUGAAACAACAUACACUAUCCUGGUUGAAGGACUUGCUCAUGAGGAUGAAGCAGAUUUGGCUGCAGAGGUGUUGAAAGAGUUGUACUCUAGAAACAUUGUGAGCCAAAAUACCAUGGAGAGGAUCACUAUGCAAUAUGACUUGGACUGAUUUUUGGUACAUGUGGUUGCAGUUUAAGCAGUUGACCAGCUCCUUGGUAAGGGAUGUGUUGCUAGAGUUUGGAACCUGAACUUAUGUGAAUCUUCUGUUAUCAAGCACAUAUAUCUUGACGUCAAUCACAAUCUGAGUGCCAUUAUCAUGAUGGAUGUGAUUGUACCAAAAUCUCUCUACUGUUAGCUACGCUUUAGUUCCUGGCUUUCUACUUCUAUGCUGAUCAUUCAUUCUGAAGGAAACUUUUGUUGCACAUGCUGAAACAUCUAUUCAAAAUUUUCGCUGGAAGAAUCACCAAACUAACUAGUUAGUCAUGGAUUUUCAUUAUUCUGGCUGCUUAUUGCUUUUAGGAUCCUCAAAUCCAAAGCUUUCAGUAUAUUAUAUGGCAUGUGGGGCAUAAUCUCUGUAUUGUCUCCAGCCUCAUGUUAGUUCUAGUUCUCCUCCUAGGCAUCAACCGUUGGUGCUGCAUUGCUUCUUAAAACCCAAUGGGAAGAGUUAUGCUGGCAGCAUCGGAUGUUGUUUCCUGAGAAGUAUGGAUUGGCAGGUACUCAUUUCAAGUCAUGUCAGUCUUCAUUUGCAGCCAAUUUCAUCCAUGCAUGUAAUGUCAUAAUAUCAAUGGCAUGUAAGGAUACAACCAAGUCACUGUUUGUGCAGUUGAGGUUAAUUUAGACUAUGGCCCCAUGAUUGUUGAGAUAUGCUUUUUAAGCCUUGGGUGCCAGGAGAAGCUGUCAAAUAUGUUGGACAAUCUUGUGUAUUAGUAUUUUCAUUUUGCUAUUUUCUCAAGCUUCAAAUAUGAUUAAUGGUUACUUGGUA